CCAGGGAGGGGAGCCGCGGCCGCUUGUGCAAGGCUUGGGCGGGGGAGAGUCGCAGCCUCCGCGGUGGCAGCGGCAGCAGGCGGCAGCAGCCUGGGUGCGCAUUGUUUGUGUGAUGACCGAUCCUCGCAUCCCUCCCUCCGCUGCCGGCUGACACGGACCGCGCGGCGCGCGCCCGGAGGAGGCGGAGGAGAGGAGCCGCUGCCGCCGUGCAGCCAGUGACCUUGGCCCGGGGAGUGGCAAAUUGCCCAGCGCGACAUUUGUCAGCGGAUCGUAGCAUUGGGACAUGGCGCAAGGAAAUAAUUAUGGGCAAAGCAGCAACGGGGUGGCUGAUGAAUCCCCAAACAUGCUGGUAUACAGAAAGAUGGAAGACGUCAUAGCACGCAUGCAGGAUGAGAAAAAUGGGAUUCCUAUUCGUACAGUCAAAAGUUUUCUUUCCAAGAUUCCCAGUGUCUUUUCUGGUUCAGACAUUGUUCAGUGGUUAACGAAGAAUUUAGCUAUAGAAGACCCAGUGGAAGCUCUACAUUUGGGGACGUUAAUGGCCGCCCAUGGCUAUUUCUUUCCAAUCUCAGACCAUGUUCUAACACUAAAGGAUGAUGGCACCUUUUACCGGUUCCAAACACCCUAUUUUUGGCCAUCAAAUUGUUGGGAGCCGGAAAAUACAGACUAUGCGGUUUACCUCUGCAAGCGAACAAUGCAAAACAAAGCACGGCUUGAGCUAGCAGACUAUGAAGCAGAGAGUUUGGCCAGGCUACAGCGAUCAUUUGCCAGGAAGUGGGAGUUUAUUUUUAUGCAAGCUGAAGCACAAGCAAAAGUGGACAAGAAAAGAGACAAGAUAGAAAGGAAAAUCCUUGAUAGCCAGGAGCGAGCAUUUUGGGAUGUACACAGACCGGUGCCUGGAUGUGUAAACACUACUGAAGUGGAUAUAAAAAAGUCUUCAAGAAUGAAAAAUCCUCACAAAACAAGAAAGUCUGUCUAUGGAUUACAAAAUGACAUUCGAAGUCAUAGUCCUACCCACACACCAGUACCAGAAACUAAGCCACCCACAGAAGAUGAAUUACACCAAGAGAUAAAAUAUUGGCAAAUACAGUUAGAUAGACAUCGAUUAAAAAUGUCAAAAGUUGCAGAGAGUCUGUUAGCUUACACAGAGCAGUAUGUGGAAUAUGAUCCAUUUCUUGUGUCGCCUGACCCCUCUAACCCUUGGCUAUCAGAUGACACUACAUUCUGGGAACUAGAGGUCUGCAAAGAGCCAGGGCAACAGAGGGUAAAGCGAUGGGGCUUUGGCAUGGAUGAAGCAUUGAAGGACACAGUGGGGAGAGAGCAGUUUCUCAAGUUCCUGGAGUCAGAGUUCAGCUCAGAAAACUUAAGGUUCUGGUUAGCAGUUGAAGAUUUGAAGAAGAGACCUAAUCGUGAAGUACCUGCUCGAGUCCAGGAAAUCUGGCAGGAGUUUCUUGCUCCAGGAGCUCCCAGUGCCAUCAAUCUUGAUUCAAAAAGUUAUGACAAAACCACACAGAAUGUGAAGGACCCAGGAAGAUACACAUUUGAAGAUGCUCAGGAGCACAUUUACAAACUGAUGAAAAGUGAUUCCUAUCCUCGUUUUAUACGAUCCAGUGCCUACCAGGAGCUGCUACAGGCCAAGAAAAAGUUGGAAAACACACUGGAUCGUCGAACAUCUUUUGAGAAAUUCACACGCAAUGUGGCAUUACAGACUCCGAGGGACUCUCUAACCUUUCGAUGCCUCCAUUUUGAAAAUUGUCUGCUCACUUCCUCCUUCAUAUCAAGCUGGAUCUGUGUCAUUUUAUUUUCUGCAAGCUCAAGUACAGUGAAAAAAAAAGCUUCUGCUAGACACAGUUUAUUAAAAAAUACUGUCAGUUCACACACUGGAAGAAAUGUAAAAAAAAUAUGCAUAUACUAAUAAAUAUACAUAUGCCAUCACAUUUAUUGCACAAUAAAUUAGCACAGCAGGUUCCAUUUCACUGACGUAUUCACACUGAGAAAGAAAGCCUGUGUCUUUGUCUGUCGUCUGUAUAUUCUUUGUUAAUGUUUCUUGCAUUUAUUUUUAUACCAUAUUUAAAAAAAGAACACCUUUUAAUCCAAAUGUAUUAAAGUUGAUCCUUUCUCUGUAAAUUUGUGUAUGUUUAUAUUGUUGUUUUAUCUUUCAUUAAAAGAUGCAGAAUCUC